ACACUCCCAGUACUCUCACAGCAACCUUCUUCUUCUCCGGCCACGUAUGAUCGCUCGCCGCCGCCGUCCACGACGUCGCCGGCUGGGAUAUCAAAAACGGCGGAGUAUGUGAUAUCAAAGGUCGACGAUCUGAUGAAUUGGGCUCGGCGCGGGUCCAUUUGGCCCAUGACAUUUGGGCUGGCCUGCUGUGCCGUCGAAAUGAUGCACGCUGGAGCUGCGCGUUAUGAUUUUGAUCGAUUUGGUGUAAUUUUCAGACCUAGCCCGAGACAGUCUGAUUGUAUGAUUGUUGCUGGUACACUUACCAAUAAAAUGGCCCCUGCUCUUCGCAAAGUCUAUGAUCAAAUGCCCGAGCCAAGGUGGGUCAUUUCUAUGGGGAGCUGUGCAAAUGGUGGAGGAUACUACCAUUACUCAUAUUCUGUCGUGCGAGGCUGUGACAGGAUUGUCCCGGUUGACAUUUAUGUUCCAGGUUGCCCACCUACUGCUGAGGCCCUUCUAUACGGAGUUCUUCAACUGCAGAAGAAGAUUAAUAGGCGCAAGGAUUUCCUCAUGUGGUGGACCAAAUAAGAUCCUUAUAUUUUUGUUGCCUUGGCUCUGUGUGGAAAUAAACCCUUGGACAAGUACCAUGCAAGGGAGAUAUGUUAUUUUGCUUUGGGUGAACUCUCGGUCUCUCUGGACCUUAUACAACUCUUUUGCAUGUUAUCUGACUUUAGGGGUGGCAAAUGGGCUGUUUGGGCUGUAUUUGGGCUUGUCAUAAUGGAUUGACUCAUUAAAUGAGUCAUUGCUCGUCAAAAUGGCAUGGCGUAGCCAUUUUUACGGCUGGCUAUCCAAAAAUAGCCACCAUCGCUAAUGUAAUCGAUUUCUAGCCAUUUUAACUUAAAAUAUAUUAGUAAAUGACAUAUUUACCCUUGUCCUUUUUAACA